CAAUGUUUGCUAUGGGUAGGGGAGAAGGUGCAAGUCCAUUUAGGCUGACACGCUAGUAAGAGUAGAACUGAACAUUUGGUUUAAAGAUCUUUUCAGUUUUUCACUUGAGAAAACCAUUGCCCACCAACCUCAGUGUUAAGGUAGAUUCCUUGUGCCCUUGGUUAGAUCUAUAGGUUACAGAUUUCAGAGCAAUGUGGGACUUCUUCCUCUGCCUGCUACCUUCUCUGCUGCUGGUCCUGGUUACAAUAUUGCGUCGAUGGAACUGGAUCAGUCGUCUUACAGAUAGUACUGUUAAGCAGUUGGGUCGCUGUAUGUGGAUUAUGGCCUGUAGACUCUUGAAACUGCCAUGCUUUCCAGUAUCAGAAUCCAUAGAAGAAUGCCAGGCAGAAGUCAGACUGAUCUGUAAACCCACAGCUCUUGCCAGCCACCUGAAGAAACACUGCUAUAGUUUGGCCCAGCCUCCGCUGGCAAGAUGGCCUCAGUCCGAUCCUCAUUUACAGAUAAUUACCAAUCUCAUGUGGCCCACAAAGGAAGGUGCUGAACUGCAAGGAGGAGUCCGCUUUACACGUGAUAACCUUCUCCUAAAGGAUGGGGGUAUUGUGGCCCUGGAUUGGGCUGUGAGUCUGACAGACCAACAAGGUCAGGCCAAAAGGGAUCAUCAUCCUGGAGGAAGAUUUCUGGGCCUUCACACUAGUAAUCCUGCUAUUGUUGUUAUAAUUCCCAACGCCCUAGGCAGAGUAACACCACACUUGCUCAGGUUGUGCUACCAGACUUUGCAACAGGGUUUCUAUCCAGUGGUUUUCCAUCGACGUGGUCAUGGAGGCUGCCCACUGACUACUCCACACUACCAGGAGUUUGGAAAUACAUCUGACCUUGUGCAAGCAAUAGCAUACCUGCGGAGUCAUCAUCCAUCCUCAAUUUUGCUUGCAGUAAGUGAGGGCUCAGGAUCAGGAUUACUGCUGUCCUAUUUGGGGGAAUGUGGCUCUUCAUCCUACCUGACGGCCGCUGCCUGCAUCUCUCCUGUGUUUCAUGGACAACUGUGGUUUGAGUAUGAGCUACCUUGGCUCUAUCACUGGAUAGCCCUCAUCUAUCGCAAGUUUCAAAUAAACAGGUACGCUACAGCUUUGAGCUCUGUAAUGGAUGUAGCAAAAAUUCUACAAUGCAACUCCCUGCGAGAUAUGGAAGAACUCAUGUUCUGUGCUCUUAAGCAGUUGGAUCAAAGAAUGUCAGAUUCAGUGGACAAUGUUGGAAAGGACAGUUCAAGAACAUCAGCGAAGCCUGACUGGGUAAGUUACUGGGAGAGGAAUGAACCUUUGCGAGAUGCAGACGAAGUGGCAGUGCCUGUGCUCUGUUUGUGUAGCCAAGAUGAUCCUCUUCUUCCACCUCUCUCCACUGUACCGGAGGCACUUUUUCAUAAUAGCCCUUAUUUCCUGCUGGCUGUGACGGAACAGGGAGGACACUGCGGCUUUAAGCAUCAGGAUGGUCAUGGAGGUACUACUUCCUGGAGUCACUCUGUGGUGCUGGAAUACUUUAGGGUAGUUGCUGAUUUCUUCAGGGUAGAGGAGAAGAAAGGCUUCAGAGAUGUUAUUGCACACUGUGGCAGCCAGUGUCUGAGGCAUAGCACCAGUGCUGUGCCGUCUAGAAAACGAGCAACCAUGCUCCGGAAAGAAAGGCCCAUCUUAGGUUCACGAAGACGGCAAAUCUCAACUCCCUCUGAUGCAUUCACAUUUGAAGAGGAGCAGGAGGAUUUUACAUGGAAUAGAUCUUACACACGCUGAGUGAGAAAAGCAAGUGGUAUUAUAAGAUCAUAGCAGAUUGACAGUGCUAAACUUCCUACCAAAAGGCACAGUAUGUUUAAGAAAUAUGAGGUGCCCUUAGUUAGAAAACCCCAGUUUAACAAGGAAACCAUGGAAGAUAAUGGGAACAAAAUAGAGAACAAGAACAUGUUGGUAGACAAAAAGAACUUCAACUGACUAGCAAACGGCUUAAAUAUGUUGACAGCUUGGCCUACACUAUUACAUGCUAUAUUUAGCAUCCCGUUUUUUUUUUUUUUUUGUACAAAUUCAUUUGAAGGAAGUUGCGGCAACACAACGCAAGACGGUUUUUCCCCUCAAAAGACAAGACACCACAAUAAAGAGCUCUCUCUCAAUUUUUUGACUCAUUAUCUGAUUUCAAAAGCACAACGUUCAAAAGGAAUCAAUGAAAAAAAUUCUCACAAAAAGAAUGUUCUGGAAAAAUUACACUUCAUACUAGAUUUUAAAAGCAGACAAAUGUAUUGAAACAUACAAAUGACAAAACCAAAAUGUACUAAAAUUACUUUAUUACAGUUGAUUUCUUUGUCCAGUAGCCCUCUGCCAACAAAAGGAGUAAUUACAAACAAAACAUUACAUUUGUCCCCUUAAGUUUUCAUAAUUUGUGUGUAUUUUAAUUCACUUGUAAGUGUUUUUGUUAUGAAUAGCCAUAACAAUUUUUGUAAUCUCUCCAACAUUCAGUUUUUCACAAUCUAUACAUUUUAAUACAGGUUACAUAUGGAUUGCUAUGGUAAAUGUUGAAGCAGGAAAACGAGACAACAA